GGAGAAUUCGUCUCUGAAGAGUUGUGUAUCAUUGUUUUCUUGCAACUAACUGUAAAGCAGAGGCUUUCUUGACUAAACAGCCAGACAGGAUGCGUCGCUCAGGGGCCCCCAGCCAGGUCUUUGGUAACAUGUCGAAGAAGCCCCGGUUCGUCCCUCCUGGAGCCUCACUGGCUGGUCCUCCUGAUCCCCCUGUGGGUACCCUGCUUGAACCGGAGCCUCUGGCCCCUAAACUCGCCCUGGGGAACGUGCUCAACAAGGUCCAGAGGAGCCUCUCAGCCCCUGCACCGCCCCUUGCCCUGCCUGUGAGGGCCUUCGGCCUGGCUAAGAGCAGCCCCCAAGCCCCAGGCCUGUCCAGAGCUCUAGCCAGGGUGCUGGGUGCAGCAGACAGUAAGAAGAACGAGCUAGAGCCUGAAGACCCUUCCUUUACAGAGGAGAACACUGGAGACCCAGCUGAUUUCAGAUGUUCCUCACAGAGUCUGGCAGGAGGGUGUGGUCCAGGUGUGGUCGGGGCAGGGGCAGGUAGCGGUGCUGGUUCUGACGGGCCGCGGUACUUCAGUGUGAUGUGGUGUAAGGCCAGUGGGAGGAAACACAAACGCUGGCAGGGAGACGCUGUCCUGGUGACACGAGGGCGCACUGCCACGCUUAAAGACAUGGAGGGCAAGGACAUCGGCAAGGGUGAGUGUGUGCACAUUUUAGGUUUCCCCCAACACAGAUUAAACAUAGUCCUUGACUAA